GCCCCGCCCGCUAGCGGGAACGGGCCCGGCCUGUCCGCGGCGGGAGGGUGGGCCGCCGCCAUGGCCGGCCGGGGCCCGCCCCGCCGUGCCGCCCCCGGCUCGCUCCCCGCCCGCGGUGCCAUGCGGCCGCCCGGGCUGCUCGGGCGGCUGAGGGCGGCGGUCGUCGGGGUGGUGCACGUGGCAGCGCUGCCAGGGACACCGAGAAGUUCUCUUCCAUUGACCCAGAUCAUUGAUCAAGCUUGUCAAGAGGCAGAAACUUACAAGGAUGCUGGAGUUGAUGGCUUAAUAGUAGAAAACAUGCAUGAUCUUCCUUACACGGUGUGUCCUGGGCCUGAAGUAACAGCAGCAAUGACAGUCAUCAGUGCUGCGGUGAGACAGACCUGCCCGCACCUCGCGCUGGGCGUCCAGAUCCUGUGCGCCGCAAAUCAACAGGCGAUAGCAGUUGCUCUUGCUGCAGGUCUUGAUUUUAUACGAGCCGAAGGGUUUGUGUUUUCUCAUGUUGCUGAUGAAGGGAUUAUAAAUGCCUGUGCAGGUAACCUGCUACGGUACAGGAAACAAGUUGGAGCAGAGAACAUUCAGAUUUUUGCUGAUAUUAAAAAGAAGCAUAGUGCUCACGCUCUGACUGCAGAUGUCAGCGUGUCCGAGACCGCUGCGGCUGCUGAGCUCUUCCUGGCUGAUGGGGUUGUACUGACUGGCACCGCUACCGGAUUGCCCGCACAUCCUCAGGAGUUGAAAGAGGUUAAACAUGCUGUGAAGAUUCCUGUGCUGAUUGGGUCUGGAGUGACUCUGGAGAACGUGAGGAAUUACUUGGAUGCAAAUGCUUUAAUAAUUGGUUCGUAUUUCAAGAAAGAAGGUUAUUGGGCAAAUGGUGUUGAUCCUGACAGAGUAAAGAAAUUUAUGGAACACAUAAGUAAACUGAGAGAAUGAGGUUGUUGGUAAACAGUAAUUUUUUGUGUGUAUGUAUAAAUGCAGUAGGAUACAUCAUACAGAAUUAAAGCACAAAUGUGUGCUUGAAUAGCUAAUAAAAUUAAAUGAAAAAGCAUGCCAUCUCUGUAACUAGCUGGGAAGCGUGGUGACACUUUACAAUAAACUGGUGCUCUGAUGUUUGUUUCUAGGCAGCACAUUUCUGUGGCACUCAAAGCCGUUGUCAAUGCGAAACCAACUCUCCAAAGGCUUGUGUAGUACAUUCUCUCCUAUAAGUAAAAUGCUUAUGGAGGUUAAGAAUUCGUAGUAAAUAUUCAUCACAGGUGAGCUGAGUUUUGUUUUGCCUGUGAGUACAAUAGGAUGCCCUGAGUUUACAGCUAAGAGUAUUGCAAAUUGGACAAGGUAAUUAGCCUUCCAGUUUCCUCAUCUGUAAAAUGAUGAUAAUAGUACAUACGACACACAGGUUGUAAGACAUAAUAAAUGAAUGUACAGCACUUUCGUCUCUUCAAAUGAAGGGCUCUUUUAAAGUUCAAGAUCAUUAUUUUUUCAUUAAAUUGUGCAUUUAUUACAAAAAUGUAGUAAUUGUAUACCAUACAGAAAUGUAAGAUAAUUGGGAAAUUGAUUUACUUACAAUACUUACUAGACAAUAAAUGUAAAUAUUUGAUUACAUUUCAAGUAGAAUGGGAAUUUAAUCAAAAUGUUUUUGCAAAAAUUGGAAAUUUUAAUAAAGGUUUAUUAUUAUUUUUGA